AUGAGUGAAUUACACAUAUGUCUAGCUGCAGACUUUCAGUUUAUCUUUCUGGGUCAUCGGAUGAAACCAACUGAUUAAGCGAAGAGAAACGAUCUACGGCCUUUAUGACAAGCAGUGUCCACGUGUGACAAGUAAGCUAUUUUUUACGCAUUCACGCGCUGCGGUGAAACUCAGAGGAAGCUUCUAUUGCUGCUCAAACUAAUAUCGAGAAGAGAGUUCGGACGUACGAUUUUCACUUUGGACUGUUUGACUGCGGGUGAAGCUAUUUUCUUUGCAGACGCGGACUAAGCUGCUGCUGGAUGAUGGCGUUAGCCUGGCUACUGGUGCUGGAGUGGGGUCUCUACAUCAGCUGUUUUGUCUGUGGGAUUGUUACCGCAGCGUCUGUCACCAUCGUCCAGGGUAAUUUCGGAGGUCACUGUAUGCUGUACGGAGCGGUCAGCUACAAUGCCACGUCCAAACUCAUCGGAGUCCAGUCGUUCACAUCCUCCUCUUUGUGUUACUUUGUGUCGGCCAUAUCAAUCAUGGUGGCAGUGGUGUGUUUCUCUCUGUCUGUGUACUGGGUGUACACUUUCUGCAGCGAAGGGGAACUCAAAAGGGAGAAUGUGUGGAUGAACGUGAUUAUUGCCGUCUCUGGCGUUUUCCUGUUCUUCCUGCUCGUCACGGGCUGCAUGUUGAAGAUCGGGCGCGACACGCUCUGCUCGUCUGUCAUGAAAAACGUUCCCAACACUACCAGUUGUGAAAAAGCCCAGUCCGAAAAAUGGGCCAACCCACUUGAUGGAGAGAGGUUCUACAGCAGUCUACACAAAGCUGAGACGGCUGUGUGGAUCAACUUCUUCUUCUGGCUCAUCAUCGGGGUUUUGGUGAUCAUCCAGAGGCGUCGGGGCUCAGGGUCCAAGCUGAUUGGAGCGGCACCAACUGGAAGCCUUUUCGGGGAGACGGGUGUGACGCCCGAAGAGACUGAGCCAUUUUUCAACCGUCCUGGAAGGCCUCAGUGAGAACGGGUGUGAGCGAGAGGUUAUAAAAGCACAUAGUGGGAGCAGGUGUGGAAAAAGGUUAAAUGAAGUGUUUUAAGGAUUUCAGUGAACAGCAUUUUGAGAAUACACGUGGAAGGUUUUACAGAUAUUAGUUUUUGGGUUUAACAGUAUGUAUAAAGCGCCACAAAACCAAAACUCCACUCGACGAGGAUGGGAUUCGAACCCACGCGUGCAGAGCACAAUGGAUUAGCAGUCCAUCGCCUUAACCACUCGGCCACCUCGUCACCUGAAUGCACAAGCAUGCAGAGCCUGUCUGUCUGUGUCAGGACACACUGGAAACACUGAAGCGCUGUCAGGCGCUGGUACUGAAUUUACCCAUUUCCCACAUCUCACCCGCCGCGUCACAUCUAAGUCUUCGGACUCCACAGAAACUUAUCUGUUUUUUAUUCAGAGCGAGCUUCUGUUGGGUUUGUUUACACAGCCAACGAACGGGAGGGUGUUUGAUUUUAUAAUUUAACUGUGCUCAGCUGUACUUUUGACGAGUAAGUCUAAGAAUUUUCUACAUAAAACACUUUUUUUUUUUUUUUUUUUUUUACUAAUUUCACAAAAUCUGAAUCUGCCAUAGACAUUUUUAACACAUUUUAUUUUUGUUGACUGUAAAAUCCUAAAACACUGCAUUGUCUUCAAGUUUAAGGUGUCAACACGUGGCUUUAAAGAUCGCUUAGUUAUUGAUCUGUGUGGUGAUUAUGUCAUUAGAAACUAAAAAGAAAUAAAAAGAAAAACAGGAAGACGUUUCACUGUUUGUUUGUUUUUCAACUCAGAAAAAAACCAAACUGCCACUGAUGCAAAUCUUUAACCAAAUUGAUUGACUGUUGAUUGUUGUGUGACACUGACUUUUACAACCUUUAACCAAAGAAGCGUCUCAGGCUGUUCUGCUGAAACCUGCUGCUGGGUUCAUCCACACUGAUUCAGUAUGCUUCUUUUUGAUGAAUUAUUUUGAUUUGACUUGAAACAUUUGUUGGUGACCACAGGUAGUUAGCUUACAGUGCCACCGUCUGAUGGCACUGUAAGCUGAACACUGGAAAUAACGUUUAGAUGUUAAAAAAUUGAAAUUCUAACCUUUUCUAAGCUCAGGCCUGAUGUUCAGUCAGGUGUGCUUCUUACAUCUGACUGUGUGUUUGCAGUGCUGCGCUUUAUUUGUGACAUUUCUGGACAUGCUCAUGUUUGUCAUGGGGAACAGGCAUAUGAAAACGUUGAAUAAUGUCUCCCUCUGGUGGCUAAUAAUAAAUAAAGAUUCACUUGCACCAAGUCAAGUGGCUUUAUUGUCAACCGUGUGCAGUGGUACAGUACACAAUGAAGCGAGACAGCGUUCCUCCAAGAUCAUGGUGCUACAUAUAACAGAAAAUCAACACAGGACUACAUAAAGUGCAAGUGUGCAAAAACUGCAAGAAAAACAAAACAGAGUGCAACACCAGACAGAGCGAUGCAGACGCAACAGUGCAAUAGAAAAGUGCAACAAUGGCAGUGCAAAAGACUGAGCAUUGUGCAAAAAGUAGCUUAAUCUAUGAAAGUGUGUGUUUGAGAUUGUGCAGGUAAGUGCUUGGUAGUGAUGUGUGUGUGUGUGUGUGAGUCAGUCCAGGAACUGAGUGUUCAGGAGUCUGACGGCUUGGGGGAAAGAAACUUACGCAGUCUGGCCCAAAUGCUCCAGUAUCUCUUGGCAGAAGGCAGCAGGGUGAAGAGUGUGUGUGUGAGGGGUGUGUAGGGUCCUCUACGACGCUGGUGGCUUUCAGGAUGCAGCGGGUGUGAUAGGUGUCUGUGAUGGAGGGAAGAGAGGCUCCAAUGAUCUUCUCGCUUGUUCUCACUAUCCCUCUGCUUACCAGGGAUAUGUUUAUAGUGUUUUUGUGUUUCUGUGUACAACCUACAGUUUGGUAGUUGCUGCCUGCAGAAGCCGGCUGUCAGAUUUUGAAAGACUGCGAAAUUAUUUCCAACAUUUCUAGCUAGCGGCUCUGUAAAGCAGUGGUCCAGUGAAAAGUCUCAGCUGUGUUCGAUCAGUGUCAAAACAAAACAGGGCAGUCAUCCAGAAGAGACCUGAAACAUACAUUUAAGACCACUGUGGGGGAUAUUUAUUGUCUGAAAAAGCUAUACAAACCUAUUAUUCUAUCAAUACUGCUCAAACUAAUCAUUCCUGGUGACUUGCAACAGCUGAUUAAAGCAUAACUUGAACUGAUAUUCCAGGCUGAGCGUCUAAAUGAGCUACUUUCCCCUUCCCUGAUGUAUCAAAAUAGACCCAAUGAGCUGCUCUUACAACACGUCACCCUCUUUCUUUCCUGAACUAUCUAAUCUCUGGAUUGCCUGACCUUACUUGAGCCUGAGGUAACAGCUAAUCCUCACUGAAGAGAGGAGGAAGACACUGGAGAGACGGACACAGAUGGGGAACUGAAGGAAGUGAAGAGCGUACUGGCACUUCAAAGGGGAAAAAGAAUCACCAGUGGUCCUGUUAAACAAGCUUCUACAGCCACUUCCACCAUCUGCACCUAUAGCUGGGUCUUCUGGAGGUUUUUUAAAAGUAUAUAUACACAGGAAUCUGUAAUCGACAGCAAAAAAAGAGCGAAGGAUAGAGCACCCUGGAGGACGGCGAGCCCUGCCUGCAACCUGAGUCUCAGAAGAAAACCACAAGGGUCGAGAUAAAGCUGAUUUUGGAGUCUGUGGAAAGCUCCAGUCUACUGCCAAAUCAGACGGCACAAAAUCUGUAAAACAGAGCUGAGUCCUUAAAUCUCAGAUUUAAAUAGGGGCGAGCCCUUCAACCGCCAGCUUUACCGUCACUCAGAUCCAUUCAGGUUUGACCCCUGACCUCCAUCCAUCCCUCUAUCCCUGCUCAGGACAUGUCUCGCGACCAGUGCGAUUCGGUGGCGGUGAGCGUGGAGUCCCUCCUCACUGACGCCAAGAGGAUGCAGAUGCAGUGCCGUGAACGCAGCGAGCAGCUCUCCGUCGCCGCCGCGCAGCUGAGGACGGAGUCGGCCGCCCUGAGGGAGCAGUGCGAGGCCACCCAGCUCGACAUGGCUCUAAUCCGCCGGCAGCUGGAAGAGCUGAAAGACACCAAGGCUGCCUUUGAAGCCAGGGAGAGGCAGGCGCGUAAACUCAGCAAGCAGCUGUGAGAAAAACGAGGGAAGGGGGAAGAUGGUGAAGUCAUGAACUGUGAUGCAACAUCCCAUUUAAAGUAACUGAUCAGCAGCUUAGAUAAAGGAAGGAAGGUCUGAGGAUAGAGGGAGAAAGACAACAAAAGAAAGAAGGAAGGAGAGAGAUAAAAGGAUCAGCAAGACAAUGAAGGGAAAAAUUAAGGAAUGAGAUGGAAUUUGAAUCCAUCUCCCACAAACCCGAGAGUAUAACUUCAAGCAGACCCAUGUUUAUGAAACUAUCCUACCCUGAAAAAUGUAAUACAGAGGACAAAGAAAGGAGUUUCACCCGGAGUUUAGUGAAAGAGGGGAAAAGCACUUUGUCAUUAUCUACAGCUCUGUCUUUUCCUUGUAAACACAUAAUUGAACUUCACUCCUCUCACAUCAAAUAAAUGAUUUCCACACACA